UAUAUAAUUCAUAAUACACGCCUAUAACGGGAGUUUGCAACUGUUCUCUGAGACGUCUAUACAGUAGAUUGGACAUACCAAACACCUGAACACAUUGAUCAAGAGUUUGUACGCCACUGUGCUUACCAGAGCUUCCUCAAGUCAACAUGAAGUCUAUCUUUUUUGUGACACUUUUCUUUGCCAUUGCGAGCCAACAAGCUAAAUGUGAUCAUGUUCAGACUACGGACGCUAAUCAACUGAUGUUUUCUAACCUCAUCGAAAUGCUGAGCGGAAAUUACAAGCACGCUACUCUUACCUUGGCCAAUAACACCGUUGUUGACCUUCCGAACUUCUGGAGUAACAUAACACCUGUUGCAACUAAAGGGGCAUACGUAAAUCGUGAGCAUGUAUAUUUCCAUUUUAUUGAGCAUCUAAGUUCUGGUGAAUUGCGCCAUACUCUAUUGAAUACAUGGAUCCAAAACGGCCGCGUCAGAGUGCGGAACUAUAAAUUCUCCAGAGUAACCAACUUCCCUGUUGCUGACACUGUCACAAAUCAAAGUUAUUUUGAAAAUAACAUAGAAGCAACUGGACUUCUGCUGGAUUACCAUUUAGAAUGUGACCAUUACUUCGCUGUUAAUUCUCGGGCUACUGAUUCCUUUAUUAUUUCCUACGCUGGUUGUGAAGACACUUAUCCGGACCCACCAUACCUGGAAGCAAAGUUCGACUGUGUAGGGCUUCAUAUUACGAGGGAAGAUGGAUCUGUGUUCAGUGCGAAGAAAGACCGGAGAAA